AGCGGCGAUGGAACCAGCUGAGCCGCUGAAAGAGUUAGUGUCAGCCGAGGGCCGAAACCGGAAGGCGGUGCUGUGCCAACGCUGUGGCUCCCGAGUGCUGCAGCCAGGGACCGCUCUCUUCUCCCGUCGACAGCUUUUCCUUCCCUCCAUGAGAAAGAAACCAGCUCUGGCUGAUGGCAGCAAUCCUGACGGCGAGCUUCUCCAGGAGCACUGGCUGGUUGAUGACAUGUUCAUCUUUGAGAACGUGGGCUUCACCAAGGACGUGGGCAACAUCAAGUUUCUGGUGUGCGCAGACUGUGAAAUCGGACCAAUUGGCUGGCAUUGCCUAGAUGACAAGAACAGUUUCUAUGUGGCCUUGGAACGGGUUUCCCAUGAGUAACUGAGGGGAGGGGGACUCAGCUCCACCCCCAACUCUAAAGGCUCCUCCCCUCAAGAACUGGCAUUUAACCUGAUGUAAUUGCCCUGCUGCCGCCUUCUCGGUACUAAUGUAAAUUCUGAGUAUCAACAUGUCCGGUUGAACAGAGGGCUAAUCCUGCUUCCUUAAAGCCUCAAGUGCAUGCCUCAUGCAUCACUCAUCCUGCAUCCCAACAUCUCCUAACCUUCCUUUUCCCCCAGUUGCAGGACACUGGAACACGUCCACAAAUGUGCUCUCAUCCCUGGCAUCCUGCCCCGGGCUCUCUGACCCUGGGCUCCCUUGUUUCGUGUUCUGUAACAGCAGCAUUCAUCCUCUUGUCCAAGAUGACACAUGACAGCUGAUGCCCGUGCUGAUAGCUGAAACUCCACCUUUUUCUCUCUCAUUCAAGAAAGCAUACAAGUGUCUGCGAGUGACUUGGUUGUAUGGCUAACUGUAUCUACAGUAAUUUAUUCUUUUUAAAAGUGUAGCAUUUACAGACAUUAGUAUUUAAACUACUAAUCAGAAACACAUUACUUUGGACACCCCUCUAAUACCAUGUUUGACAGCUGAGCCUCUAGGCUGAUAGUGACUUUUUAUUGUGAAGAUGAAUAUGGCCCCUCUUCCCCUCAAAUCUUGAUAUGGUUUCUCUUUAUAUUAGCCUGUGAGUUGAGAAUCAGAUUUUCAACCCUAUCUGGCAGCCACCCCAAGGAAAACUCAGCCCUGGCUUAGAAUCACAGUGGAGGAUGUGGGAUAUAGGAGGGACAGGCCUUUGCCAUAUUAUACAUGACUUUAUAGGUUUGCCUUAUUUGAACAAGUAACUUUUCCUUUGUUCUUAGCAAAGGAAUCCAUCUAUCUAAUGGGUAGUGUCAUCAUUUACCGAACCUACUAAGCAUGGUCCUCACAGAGUUUUGGUUCAUUUGGAAUGUCCGUACCAACCCAGAACAAACUUUCCAUCCACAUGCCACUAUUUCUAUAGCUGUAGCGUUGCUCUAAUAGUUCAAUGUUAGCAGACUUGUUUAACUCUUCAAUAUGAUUGUCAGUUCUGUCCUCUCUCUUCUGAAGUGACUCAACUUUAGAAGGAGUCUCUAUGACCAGAUCUCGGGUAUCCUCCCAUCAGCCCUACCUGGAAGAUGGAGGAGACCCUAGAAUUGACAUAAAGAUUAAACGGAAACCUUCCAGUUUAGAGCCCA